GCACCGGGGUGUAUUGGGCACCGGGGAGUAUUGGGCACCGGGGUGUAUUGGGUACCGGGGUGUAUUGGGUACCGGGGUGUAUUGGGUACCGGGGUGUAUUGGGUACCGGGGUGUAUUGGGUGCCGGGGUGUAUUGGGUACCGGGGUGUAUUGGGUGCCGGGGUGUAUUGGGUACCGGAGUGUAUUGGGCACCGGGGUGUAUUGGGCACCGGGGUGUAUUGGGUACCGGGGUGUAUUGGGUACCGGGGUGUAUUGGGCACCGGGGUGUAUUGGGCACCGGGGCAUAUUGGGUACCGGGGUGUAUUGGGUACCGGGGUGUAUUGGGCACCGGGGUGUAUUGGGUACCGGGGUGUAUUGGGUACCGGGGUGUAUUGGGUACCGGGGUGUAUUGGGCACCGGGGUGUAUUGGGUACCG